CAAAGCGAGCCUCGAUACGCGCUUCACAAAAACACCCCCGACAUUACCCGACACACGAUUCGACGCUUCAACACACAGGACACAUCACUACUGAUCGUGUAUGCCCGCGGGGGUCAGUGUUGACGGUUGCUUCUGUUAUUGUCCUGCAGGUGGAACGAGGGACCAGAAGGACAGCACGCACAGGGUGUGAAGGAACUUGACAGCGGGGAGCACGAGCGCGGACGUCGGAGGGGAACACACACACGGGAGUCUAGGGAGCAAAGGGGAUUUUGUGUGCAUCUGUUAUUUACCUCACUUUAAACAAACGCACUGUUUUCACUAAAGAGUCCAGCUUUCGGGUCCUCCUUCCCCACAUCCCGUGACAUUAGCAGCAUAUUAGUCAGCUUAGAACACGCAGGUUCUAAGGGAUUCAGGGAUUUAAAAAUAGAUACGCAAAAUGGGGCGUGCCCGUUCCGGCCGGCUUUAAAGGGUUAAAGUGAAACGGCAACAUUUUACUCCUCCCCUCACGUCACUCAAAUGCAACAAAGCAGGAAACAUGAUGUUUUUCUUCCUCAGUAGGGAGGAAGAAAAACGCACAGAGAGACACACAGACGAUCAGACUGAGUUCAGACCAAACUAGCAGCUUCCUCUGAGUGAGUCCAGCUACAGGAGAGAAAAGUGGAAAACUCCAACACUGCUGCUUCAAGCUGCUGACGCUCCACACACUGAAUCUUCACUCACAGACUCAAUGGCUUCCAGAUCAGAGGAGGAUCUCUGCUGUACGGUCUGUAUGGAGGUCUUCAGAGAUCCUGUUAUUCUGUCAUGUAGCCACAGCUUCUGUAAAGACUGUCUGAAGAGAUGGUGGAAAGAGAGACCAACACACGAGUGUCCACUUUGUAAGAGAAGAUCUUCAAAGAAGCAUCCACCUUCAAACAAGGCUUUAAAGAACUUGUGUGAGUCGUUCUUACAGGAAAGAUAUCAGAGAGCUUCAGAGGCUCUCUGCAGUCUGCACUCUGAGAAACUCAAACUCUUCUGUCUGGACCAUCAGCAGCCAGUGUGUGUCGUCUGCAGAGACUCAGAAAAUCACACCAAUCACAGAUUCAGACCCAUCGAUGAAGUUGCACAACAACACAAGAAACUUCAGGAAACUCUGGAGCCCUUAAAGAAGAAGUUAAAGGUUUGCAAACGAGUUCAAGUGAAGUUUGGUCAAACAGCAGAACACAUUAAGGUCCAGGCCCGACACACAGAGAGGCAGAUUAAGGAGCAGUUUAAGAAGCUUCACCAGUUUCUAGCAGAGGAAGAGGAGGCCAGGCUGGCUGCACUGAGGGAGGAAGAGGAGCAGAAGAGUGGGAUGAUGAAGGAGAAGAUGGAGGCUCUGAGCAGAGAGAUAGCAGCUCUUUCAGACACAGUCAGAGCCACAGAGGAGGAGCUGAGAGCUGAAGACGUCUCAUUCCUGCACAACUACAAGGCUGCAGUGGAAAGAGUCCAGCGCUGCCCCCUGCUGGAUGAUCCACAGCUGCCCUCAGGAGCUCUGAUAGACCAGGCCAAACACCUGGGCAACCUGACCUUCAACAUCUGGAACAACAUGAAGGACAUGGUCUCCUACACUCCUCUCAUUCUGGACCCAAACACUGCUGAUCCAGACCUCAUCCUGUCUGAAGAUCUGACCAGUGUGAGAGGGGGAGAGAGGCAGCAGCUUCCUGAUAAUCCAGAGAGGUUUGAUCAUUCCUGCUCUGUCCUGGGCUCUGAGGGCUUUAACUCAGGGACUCACAGCUGGGAUGUUGAUGUUGGAGACAGUACACCAUGGGGACUGGGUGUGUUAGCAGAGUCUGGGCAGAGGAAGGGAGAGAUAUGGUCUGGAUUAUGGAAAAUAUGGUUUGAUGAAGGUGAAUACUCAGCAUGGUCACCACCAGGUCCUCUCACUGAUCUCUCAUUCCAGAAGAAGCUCCAGAGGAUCAGAGUGAAUCUGGACUGGAACAGAGGAAAGCUGUCGUUCUCUGAUCCUGAUACUAACACACACAUACACACCUUCACACACACUUUCACUCAAAGGAUGUUUCCAUACAUUAGCACUGUUGAUGAAGUGAAGGUGUUGCCCAUGAAGGUGUCAGUGUCAGUGGAGCAGAUGAGUUGAGGAUGAUGAUGUUUCUAAUGUUGUUUCCUGUCAGUGAAUUGAAGCUGUUAAACUGCAGCUGUCCUCCUGCUGCCUCGUUGUUCCAAAGCUCUUUGUUUCUCUUUUAGUUCUCACUGUUUCUUUCUGUUUCUGCUGUCCACCUUUUCACAUGGAAAAUCAUUUCACUGUUUCUCACUGAAUGACUCCCCAAACUAGAUCUGAAAUUCUAUCAAGUUUCUAAUCAUUACAAGUGAUUCAUGUUUCUAUUUGAUGUGUGUAAAUGGAGAUGAGUUAGUUUGCUGGGAUAUGGACUGACAUGUGUUGAAUGGGAGGAGCAGUUUGUUGUUGUCUUCUUGUCUGUUUAUGACAACAAUAAAUAUAUUGUUGAAACAAUGAUUCAUGUUUAACUCCAUAUAUGAAAUGUUUCUGAUAUUUGAAUUCUGUUUGAUUAAAGACUUUCUUCAUGACACAAAUGAGAUUUCAGUGUAUUAAUAGAACUAAAUAAGCUCAGAGUUGAAAGGCUGGAGUAUUAUGUACGUGCUUCACUGUCAGUAUCUUCAGGGGGAUUCAAAGGGAAACAUCAAACUGCUGUAAUGAGAUAAACUAGUUGGGCUGAACACACUUAUCUGUAGUUUGUCUCCAUCCAGGAUCAUCAGAAUAUAAUGAACAUGUGUGAAGAGC